AUGGACUUGGGCCUUGAUAUGACCUGGCAUUACAUAUGGGCUCCUGUUAAAAUAAUGUCCGACAAAUGUUUAGCCAUGGCGACUAAUCUCAUUGAGACUAGCAAUCUAGCAUCUCAUUAUUGUGCAAAAGUAUGUGCACAAACACAAAUGCACUCUCCAUAUUUCUGUCCCUCUUGUACUCCGGUGGAACGACUACUCAGCACGACCAGUGAAAGUCAAGGCGCAGGACCGACGGCUUUACGUGAUCUCCGAGGCAUGAGUGAUGUAUGUCAGGUAGAGAGUAGUAGUAGAAGAGUACUAUACCUAACCCCCACCUCCAGUUUAUUGUUAGUGGGUAGUACUUUAAUAGCCGAUGGCAGCAAAGAUGCCGACAUCAUUACUGAGUACCACUUAAGGGGUGAAUCGAUGGACUUGAUGUCAGGGGUACUAAAACCGUUCGAAGCAUGGUAUAGUCAGAAAAACAAUAGUUCAAGAAUAGACUACUACGGUGGCAUGGUGAAAAAUUUCUAUAUUGGCGAAAACGAUGAAAACGUCACCAAAUGUUAUUUAGUGUAUCCUAAAACUACAGAAGAAAUCACUAAUAAAAUGACGUGUUCAGGUUUUAAUACUGAUGGUGAGCCACAAAAUAUUUUUCCUUCGUUGGAAACCUUUAUUUACACAGAUGAAGUAACUUACAACAAUAAAAUAGUCCAAGUUUGGCAAUCAGACAGUUUGGAAUAUGGGGAGAAAGAAAUGAAUACGAUAUAUCUUCAUGAAGAUAAGGGCUCAUAUAUUCCCGUUUGGCUUGAAAUGAAAACGUAUAAUGAAUGGAGUGGAGCUCUCACGACACACCGCAUUACUCGUUAUUUUGAUGUCAAAGAGCCAGCUGAAGAAGAUUUUGAUAUUACUAAAGUCAAAGAAUGCGAAGACGAAGAGAUAGUCUCCAUGGAUAUUAAAGAUUCUGGAACCGCUAACGCAUAUCCUUCAGAAACAGAUGAAGCAUUUUUCAGUUUCAAAAUACAACACAAGAAGAACUACAAGGGCGAUGAACACGAAAUGCGAAGAAAAAUAUUUCAAAACAACUUAAGGGAAGUGAUAGAGCACAAUAGAAAAAAUUUGUCAUACAAAAAGACAAUCAAUGAAUUUUCCGAUCGAACUGAUGAAGAAUUGGCCUACCUAACUGCGACUAAGCCAUCAAUUAUUACGCAUAUUGGAUCUGUACCCUUCCCGUAUUCAGAAGAAGAAGUGAACCGUCUCGCUGAAGAAUUACCUGAAAAUUAUGAUAUGAGGAUUGAUGGAUACAUCAGCGUUGUCAAAAGUCAAGGUAGUUGCGGUUCCUGCUGGUCCUUUUCCACAACUGCAGCAGUGGAAGGUGCUCUAGCACGUAGCAAUGGAGAUCGCGUUUUGGAUUUAAGUGAACAGUCUCUUGUGGAUUGUUCUUGGGGAUACUUUAAUGGAGGUUGUCAUGGUGGUAUGAUAAAAAGUACCUUCGAGUACAUAUUAGAGCAUGGCAUUCCAACUGAGAGAGAUUACGGAUCAUAUUUGGAAGAGGAUGGGUAUUGUAAGCUAGAAAAUAUGACGGAUCUCUACCGCAUCAAAGGUUUUGCGAGGAUUCCGCCAAUGAGUGUUGAUGCAAUGAAGUUAGUACUAUACAAGUAUGGCCCAAUUACAGUUACUAUCAAUGCAAAUCCAAUAAUGAACUAUGCGAGUGGAAUAUUUUAUGAUAUUGAAUGCAACCAGGGUCGUUCUAAUCAUGGUGUGACUGUUGUCGGUUACGGCGUAAGAGAUGGCGCCACUUACUUCAUAGUGAAGAACUCUUGGGGAGAGAACUGGGGAGAAGACGGCUAUAUACUCUUCUCGACACUUAAUAAUAACUGUAAUAUCCUAGAGGAAGGCUUCUAUCCUAUUGUU